AAGUAAACGCAGUCUUCGGGUGUUGCAGACAGCAUUUGAAAACGAAGCAUCAUGAAAAGGGUUUUAUUCGUUGCCAUAGCUUUAUUCGUAGCCAUUAUAUCAACUGUAGCUCCAGAAUGCCAGCGAAGAGACUAUGGCCGAAGUAGCUUCGUGUGUGUAUGCAACGUGACAUACUGCGACUACAUCGGUGACAUCGGACCUUUGCACAACGGAUCAGCGGUUGCAUUUGAGAGCACCAAGGAUGGUUUGAGGUUCGCUAAGACUACGAUACCACUAAGCAGGACACCGGUUGAUGAUGGAAACAACGAAACUAUCCUGAUUGUGAUCGACUCUUCAAAAGAAUACCAGAAAAUUUUCGGGUUCGGAGGUGCAUUCACUGAUGCCGCAGGAAUAAACGUGAAGUCUCUUCCGACGACCAUGCAAGACAAUAUUCUCAAGUCUUACUACUCAAAAGAAGGAAUUGGGUACACCAUAGGCAGAAUUCCCGUGGCCAGCUGUGACUUCUCUGCACGCAAAUAUACGUAUGACGACUCACCAGGUGACUUCGAGAUGAGCAACUUCACUCUCGCUCCAGAGGAUUUCGGCCUCAAGAUUCCGUACCUGAAAAAAGUCCUGUCUCUGUCAAGCGAACCCGCGUGGUUCUUCGGAAGCUCCUGGAGCAGCCCCGCGUGGAUGAAAACCAACAACGCGCUUGAAGGGCGAGGGUUUCUAAUCGGUGAACCAGGUGGACCAUACUACAAGGCUUGGGCAAAAUAUUACGUCAGAUUCAUACAGGAGUACGAAAGGCUCGGAGUUCCCAUCUGGGGUUUGACGACACAGAACGAACCAACGACCGGUUUUGUUCCGGGGUUCCGAUGGCAAACCCUGGGCUUCUCGGCCAACCAGCAAAGAGACUUUGUCAAACUCGACCUGGGACCUGCUCUAGCGGAUGCUGGUUAUGGCGUCGACAAACUGCAGCUCAUGAUCCUCGACGAUAACCGCAUCGUCCUUCCUCACUGGGCAGACGUGGUUCUGGGUGAUCCUGAAGCGGCCAAGUACGUCAGUGGAGUCGCUGUUCAUUGGUACAUGGACAGUUUGACCGACCCUCGGGUGCUGGACAAAGUGCACGAGAGCUUCCCAGACAAAUUUAUUCUUGGUACCGAAGCGUGCACUGGGGCAGCAAUAAAACCAGAAGACAAGGUCAAGCUUGGAAGCUGGGAACGGGCUGAGUUCUAUGCCAGUGACAUCCUCGAGGAUUUGAACCAUUGGGUUAGCGGAUGGACAGACUGGAAUCUUGUUCUUGACACACAGGGUGGUCCCAACUGGGCAGACAACUUCGUUGACUCACCAAUCAUUGUCAAUGCAUCCGCUCAAGAGUUUUAUAAGCAGCCAAUGUACUACGCGUUGGGACAUUUCAGCAAAGCUCUUCCUAGGGGCAGCGUUAGGAUUUACUCCCAACUGGAGCAACCUAGUUUCCAGGCAGCGAAGAACAUGACUGCUACGAAGCUGGAUUACGCGGCAUUUAAAACACCUGAUUCGUCAUUGGUUGUGGUUGUCCUGAACAGAGGCAAUGACAAGUUUGCACUGAAGAUUAAGGAUGCAUCCAGUACUGGCAGCAUCCAAAAGAUUAUAAAAGAGCGGUCGAUCACAACGCUCAUGUGGCAUGCAUAAAAAUAUAUAUUUCACUAUACAGUCAG